UGCAACGUUAGUUGCCACACCCUCUGACGCUGGAAGUGACGUCACUUUAAGUCGGAACCAGACAACCUAGCCAGCCAGCAACUUCUGCGGUCUUCCCUGAGGAAAGGGCCAGUUGGAUAUCGUAAUAUUUUUCAUGAUACUGGAUGAGACAGGAUCUGAGGAGAUCCCUGAAGUGUAACGGUUGGUGGCGAUAACACUCCGGAUGGCAGCGACCCGGCAUUAACAGAAGAAGAAGCAACAGGAGGCUCAGCUGGGGCGACAUGGCGGACGGCAGCAGGUUCCCUGCUAUCAAAUAAACACCAAAGGCGAAACCGAAGACGAGAGGCGACUGCUGGGGGGGACUUUAACUUAUUUUAAUGUUGCAUGUAUAGCCGGGGACUAUAAGCCCUCCACUGAAGCCGCAUGGCGUCCACUCAAGCCCGGAUAGGCCAGCAGGCCUUAGCGGUGCUGGAUGUGGCUCUGCGAGUUCCCUGUAUCUUUAUUAUCGACGCCAUUUUUAACUCUUACUACGACCCUGGUUCGGGAUGGGCCGGUACGAUGGGGAAGGUGUUGGUCAGAGUCAUGGGUGUCCUUAUCUCCAGUGUGGUGCUGCUACUUUCCCAGAAAGCCUUGUUCAAGUUCUACACCCUCUUCUUUGCUGUUCUCCUCGGCAUGGCGGCGGUCCUCUUCAAUUACUACACCACCUCCCACAUAGACUUCUACAGCGCCUACUACAAAGCGGCAUUGGGGUUCAGGUUGGUUCCUAGAAAUGGGCCGACGCUGUGGCUAGGCAUGGCUGCAGUCCAGCUCGUUUUUGCCGUGGGCUACGUGUUCCUGCUCAACCUCCAGUCGGUGUUCGCCGCGCUGGUGGUCCUGGACAUCAUGAUCCCUCUGUGGGGGCUGAUGAUUGAGCUGCCUGCAGACGUCAGGAAGCUGGUGGCUGUGUUCUCAGGCCUGGCGCUGGCUCUAAACACGGCUGUGUGCCUGGCCAUGAGGCUCAAAUGGUUUUACUACUCAUGCCGGUACGUCUACCUGCUCGUACGGCACAUGUACAGGAUCUAUGGGCUUCAGCUGCUGCUAGAGGACACGUGGAAGAGGAUCAGAUUCCCUGACGUGCUGAGGGUGUUCUGGCUGACCCGGGUUACUGCCCAGGCGCUGAUCCUGGUCUACGUGGUGCGGGCGGUGAGGAGGGAGAGCGGUGAUGCUACAGGUGGAGCCACAGAUGGGAGAUCUGACUCACAGGGUUACCUGCUGAGCUGGGACGUGUUCUGGGAUCUGACGAGUAACCUGAUCAUCUCUGGCUGUGAUUCCACACUCACUGUUCUGGGGAUGAGUGCCGUUAUCUCCUCUGUCGCACACUACCUCGGCCUCAGCAUCCUGGCCUUCAUAGGUUCGACGGAGGAGGAGGACAAGCGUUUAGGCUUCGUGGCUCCUGUUCUGUUCUUCAUCCUGGCUCUGCAGACCGGCCUCAGCAGCCUGGACCCUGAGGAACGCCUGGUCCGUCUGAGCCGGAACAUGUGCCUUCUGCUGACGGCCAUCCUGCACUUUAUCCACGGCAUGACUGACCCUGUCCUGAUGUCCCUAAGCGCCUCCCACGUCUCCUCUUUUCGCCGCCAUUUCCCCGUCCUGCUGGUGUCCCUGGCGCUCUUCGUGCUCCCCGUGGUGCUCAGCUACACCCUCUGGCACCACUACGCCCUCAACACCUGGCUCUUUGCUGUUACCGCCUUCUGCGUGGAGCUCUGCCUCAAGGUGGUGGUGUCACUGACAGUCUACGGCCUCUUCAUGGCGGAUGGCUUCUCCAACGUCCUAUGGGAGAAGCUGGACGACUAUGUCUACUACGUGCGCUCCACAGGCAACAUCAUCGAGUUCCUGUUCGGCGUCAUCAUGUUCGGAAACGGUGCCUACACAAUGAUGUUCGAGUCGGGCAGCAAGAUCCGGGCCUGCAUGAUGUGCCUGCACGCUUACUUCAACAUCUACCUGCAGGCCAAGAAUGGCUGGAAGACGUUUAUCAACCGCCGCACAGCUGUCAAGAAGAUCAACUCCCUGCCAGAGGUGCGCGGGGACCAGCUGAGGGACAUCGAGGACGUGUGCGCCAUCUGUUACCAGGAGUUCACCACCUCAGCCCGCAUCACGCCCUGCCACCACCACUUCCACGCGCUGUGCCUGAGGAAGUGGCUCUACAUCCAGGACACGUGCCCCAUGUGCCAUCAGAGAGUUUACAUUGAGGAGGAGAGCCGAGACAGAGCCGCCUUUUCAAACAACAAUGGGGGCUACGCAGUGCCGCAGGACGUCGCUGCUGCAGCCCCACCAGCACCGGGGGAAAACCAGCAUGGACAGCCAGCCGCCGAGCUGCCGGCUGAUGGAGCGGCAGCCGAUGUCCAGGCUGCAGGAGGACCGGGGGAGCUCGACAACGAGCUGCUGGAGGACAACGACAGCAUAGAGUAUGACGAAGAUGAGUGGGGGACUCAAAAUGGCAGCACGCCAAUAGAAGAAGACUAUAUCAAUGAUGACACAGACUCCACCGAGGACUGACAAGAAAAGAUCUAUAGAAAAAAAAAUACAUAUAUCUUUAUUAUAUUUAAGUUAAAAAUAAUUAUAAAACACAACUUCAGCAUCUUAAUUUGCUUAAUUUGUUCUUGAAAAAUGUCAGGGAUGUCAUUCUGUUUUAUCUUGUUAGUUUCUUUUUGUUUGAUUUUGAGUUUGGGUUUUACUCUAUAAGGGCUUGUGGAAAAGAGUAACUGCUGCUCUCAUUGUGUGUGUGUGUGUGUGUGUGUGUGUGUGUCAGGACUGCAUGAUGUAGACCAAAAACUGUUAAUUAUUUUUAUCUCAAAAUUGGUGGAGAUCCUGAUCUCCUGAAAUCUUGCUAUGUGGGCACAGCUGACUCUACACAUUUCUCAAUGCCUCAAAGCUGACACACAUCAAUAAGUUAAACUAAAUUAUCCAAUUUUCUGCAUAAAUCUUGGAGAUUCUGCACAGCACAAGUCUGCCUUGUUGAGCAAGCUGUGGAAAUAUUUUUUCCCCAGAGAAAAGAAAAGAAAAAAGAAAGGCCACACUUCAGUCACAUCACAACUUUGUUUAGAUUUUGUCACUUAUGCAGCCCGUGUGUGUGUGUGUGUGUGUGUGUGUGUGUGUGAUAUGUGUGAUCGUGUGUGCGCCUGCCGACAUGUAAUGUGCUUAGACGAUGUCUUUAAAGAUGCAGUUCAUGUUCUCUAGCGGUGUAUUAUAGGGGAAAUGCUGGAGUGUGGUGUUUAUUAACGACAAAACUGUGGAGCGACUAAACAAAUUCAAGCUUUAAUCAGUCUGCAAGUCAGAAUUUAGGAGUUUGUAGAAAGACAAGUUUUGAGUGCAAAAACACAUUUUUGUAUACUUCUGUUUGAAGCCCGCUGUCACGAUUUUCUCCAGCUGUUCUUAUUUUUUAGCAAAAAAUAUUGGUUAACAGUCUUCAUCAGGAUUUCUUCUUGUCAUGUGUCCAAUCGAAUCACGAUUCUGGCCCCACUCGCUCUUGAAAUGUUUGUUUUACUAAACCAGCCUUGAGUGCUCUCAAAUCCUGACUUGCUGAUUGAUCACUAAAGGUUGUGGCACACUUGUUCAACAUUUUUGUCCUUAACUAACUUUAACAGAAUAUUUGUGAACUUGUCCAGAGAGAGAGUGAAGCAGUUUUCUAUCAACUCUGCGCCAACCAGAGAAAAACAGCAAGGUGUGUCUGAUUU